AUGAUGAUGAUGUUAAGAAGUAUUUUCAAUAAAAUCAAACAACAUAUUACAUCUAAUGAUCCAAUAUAUUCUAUACGACAAUCGAAUUUCUUUUUAAAAGAAGAAUCUCGAUUGAAUAAUGAUCAAAAUCUUGAAGAACUUUAUCUUAUAUGGCUUGAUUCAAACAUGAAUAAGACUAAUGAUUGUAAAGAGAUAGAAAGUCAAUUACGAUCUAUAAACAGUUAUUUGAAAACAUUUGAUAAUAUUGAUGAUUUUCUUCAUUAUAUUCAAUCAAUUGGACCAGAAGAAAAGAUAUUUUUUAUUGUUUCAGGCAAUUUGGGAGAGUCUACUGUACCACAAAUAUAUAAUCUAUCAAAUAUUCAAUCAAUUUAUGUAUUUUGUCACAAUAAAACCAAACAUAAAAUUUGGGCAAAUCAAUUUAAACCUAAAAUGAAAGGUGUUUUUAAUAAAAAAGAUUUACUUUAUUCUAAAUUAACAUGUGAUAUUCAAUCAUGCACCAAAAACUUUCUCCCCAUGAGUAUAUUAAGUCCAGAUGCAAAACAACAGUCUAUUCGAGAUUUAAGUAAAGAAAAU